AUGGUGCCACGUAUACCCGGCACGCUACGGGGACUCUCCACCUCUGCCAAGGUGCAUCUUCAGCACGUGCUGUACUUUGGCGAUGUGCUGGGGUACAACUCUGUGCAGCGCUUGGCCAAGUUUCCUCGCGCAUGGAUCGACGCGGUGGGUGCAUCGGCCGACAUCGACCAUGGUGUUGCAUUCACACAUGCGGUCGGGUCACCCACGCACUCGAUACUCUCGUACACUCUCCUCGACACGCCGCUUACUCGAGCGCGUCGACGAGAAGCGACACUUGAGCCAACGACCAACGCAGCGGCAGAGCAGGUAGGGCAGGAGGAGGGGGAGGUGAUUGGUGAGGAGCCAAGACGGAGGAUCGCGCAGAGCAAGGUGUUUGCACUGGGCCGCAAUACUCAUGCGCAACUAGGGCUGGGAUUUGCAUCGCAAGAAGCCACGCGUGGCAUGGUCACUGGCGACAUCACCGGCAAAGGCGGCAUCACCCACGUGGCGGCCGGGACGGGGUUUAGCUUUGUUGUCACCGCCGACGAGGGCGAGUCCAAGGUGUACGGAUUUGGAAACGACACUUUGGGCCAGCUGGGCUCGUCCUCGACGAUCGAGGAGGCAAGGUGGGAUGCAUACGAUAUAUCAACGCGGCUCGACGCAUCAUCUGCCCCGCAGCUGCGGUUGCUACCACUGCCCAAACAAAUCCCACUCGACGAAGGAUGGACUGUUCGCAGCAUCGCCACCGGUAUCGAUCACACCCUCCUCCUAGUCGAACGCAACGUUGCUGGACACCUUGUCCAGGAAGUGCUCAGUACGGGUCUGAAUACGGAUGGCCAGCUUGGCGUUACACCCGUUGAACGCGGGGAUGCGGUUCCUAUCCAACCACUCAUCUCACGCACCUUCACCCGCGUACCCCUCUCCAUUCCAGAGGAAGAGAUGGUGGGGAUGGCUUGUGGGGCAGAUACAUCCUACGUGCUACUGCGCAGUGGCGACUUGUACGCAUGGGGCAACUCCGAAUACGCCCAGACGCUUGCUGGUACCCACGAUCGCAUCACCACCCCCACGCACAUUCCCAACCCGCUCAUCACCGCAUACACCUCGGCCAACCUCCCCUUCGACACCAUCACGCCACCUAGGAUAAACAAGAUCGUGGCGGGUGGAUCGUUUGCUGUCCUUCUGGACUCCAACCAUCGCCUCUGGACAGUCGGCUACGGAGUAGGCAACGCCACUGCGGCGGAAAAGCUCGUUUUGGUCGAGGCUUUGCCCCAGGGGAGCGUGGAGAAUGUCUGGGCGGGGCUAGAGUACGUUGUGGCUACGACACGCGAGGAUGGCAACGUCAAGGUGUGGAUUUGGGGGAUUUUGCCGCGCAGUAUCGCAACCGUGCCGGUAACUACGCCAAUGCAGGUCCCCUUUACCGUGCCAAAGUCCCCCAGGCAGCAGUAUCUCGAUGAAAACCCGAGCCUCAAGAACGAUUGCAGCCAAGAGCAAAGGGAUGGCGAAAAGGUCAAGAUCACAGCUGCUGCAUGCACAAGAGAUCACGUCAUUCUUGUCUUGGACGAUGGCAAGGGCAGGAACGUCUGGGCAGAGUGCGUACAGCCCCCCCGCGACAAGGGUACAGACCUGGUGUAG